GCAGACUACAAAGCUUUAAGCUUGACGUUUGAAAAGGAAACAUUUUGAAAACCGAUUCCAGUGUUCCACUUUUUCUACGCUUAUUAGAAAAGCAAAAACGUUUUUAAGAUUUGUUUUUUACCCUUACCCUUAACAGUAACAAAGAAUCUGAUUAAAAUGUCUGUUACUCUCCACACUGAUCUAGGCAAUAUUAAGAUAGAGGUUUUCUGUGAUGUAACACCAAGGGCUGCAGAGAACUUUUUAGCACUUUGUGCCAGUAACUACUACAAUGGAUGCCUGUUUCAUCGAAACAUAAAGGGAUUCAUGGUGCAAACAGGAGAUCCAGCAAACACAGGAAAAGGAGGCACAUCUAUUUGGGGAAGAAAAUUUGAGGAUGAGUUUACAGAGGAAUUAAAACAUAAAAAUCGAGGGUAUCUUUCAAUGGCUAAUUCUGGACCAAACACAAAUGGCAGCCAAUUUUUUAUCACAUAUGGUCCGCAGCCUCAUUUGGAUUUGAAGUACACAAUAUUUGGAAAAGUUAUUGAUGGAUUUGAUGUGCUGGAUGAAUUGGAAAAACUACCAGUCAACCAGAAGAAUCAUCGACCGUUGAAAGAUAUACAUUUAAACAGUGUGACUAUUCAUGCCAAUCCACUUGCUCAGUGAAAGUUUGAACUGCUCCUUUGCUAUGUAUGAAUGUGGGUGUUAUACAUCAAAACAGAAAUUA